UUCCUCCCUUUGGUCACCACUCUUUCUUGCUCUCUCCAAGAAUUUGUUUAAGGAGACGCUGCAGGAAAAAAGACAUCUUCUUGAAUCCUCUGUCGGGGCGGGGUCUGCCGCUGCCCUGCGGUGCCACCUCAGCGACACUACCCUCCACUAGGACCCCUGACCAGCGGGGUCACGUCCGAGAGACGGGAUCAUGAAGCGCUCGGUGGCUGCUUGGCUCCUGGUUGGGCUCAGCCUUGGUGUCCCUCAGUUCUGCAAAGGUGAUAUUUGUGAUCACAAUCCGUGUGAAAAUGGAGGUAUCUGUGUGUCAGGAUUGUCUGAUGAUUCCUUUUCCUGCAAGUGCCCAGAUGGCUUCACAGAUCCCAAUUGUUCUAGUGUUGUGGAGGUUGCAUCAGAUGAAGAAGAGCCAACUUCAGCAGGUCCCUGCACUCCUAAUCCGUGCCAUAAUGGAGGAACCUGUGAAAUAAGUGAAGCAUACCGAGGGGAUACAUUCAUAGGCUAUGUCUGUAAAUGUCCCCGAGGAUUUAAUGGGAUUCACUGUCAGCACAAUAUUAAUGAAUGUGAAGCUGAGCCUUGCAAAAAUGGUGGAAUAUGCACAGACCUUGUUGCUAACUAUUCCUGUGAGUGCCCAGGAGAAUUCAUGGGAAGAAAUUGUCAAUACAAAUGCUCGGGCCCAUUGGGAAUUGAAGGUGGAAUCAUUUCAAAUCAGCAAAUCACAGCUUCAUCUACCCACCGAGCUCUUUUUGGACUCCAGAAAUGGUAUCCCUACUAUGCACGUCUUAAUAAGAAGGGGCUUAUAAAUGCCUGGACAGCUGCAGAAAAUGACAGAUGGCCAUGGAUUCAGAUAAAUUUACAAAGAAAAAUGAGAGUUACUGGUGUGAUUACUCAAGGAGCCAAGAGGAUUGGAAGCCCAGAGUAUACAAAAUCCUACAAAAUUGCCUAUAGUAAUGAUGGAAAGACUUGGGCAAUGUACACAGUGAAAGGCACCAAUGAGGAUAUGGUGUUCCGUGGAAAUGUUGAUAACAACACACCCUAUGCUAACUCUUUCACGCCCCCCAUAAAAGCUCAGUAUGUGAGACUCUAUCCCCAAGUUUGUCGAAGACACUGCACUUUGAGAAUGGAGCUUCUUGGAUGUGAACUGUCAGGCUGUUCUGAGCCUCUGGGGAUGAAAUCAGGACACAUACAGGACUAUCAGAUCACUGCUUCCAGCAUCUUCAGAACUCUCAAUAUGGACAUGUUCACUUGGGAACCAAGGAAAGCUCGGCUGGACAAGCAGGGCAAAGUGAAUGCCUGGACCUCCGGCCACAAUGACCAGUCACAAUGGUUACAGGUGGAUCUUCUGGUCCCUACCAAAGUGACUGGCAUUAUUACACAAGGAGCUAAAGAUUUUGGUCAUGUGCAGUUUGUAGGCUCCUACAAACUAGCUUACAGCAAUGAUGGAGAACACUGGACAGUAUACCAGGAUGAAAAGCAAAGAAAAGAUAAGGUUUUCCAGGGCAAUUUUGACAAUGAUACCCACAGAAAAAACGUCAUCGACCCUCCCAUCUAUGCACGGCACAUAAGGAUCCUUCCUUGGUCCUGGUAUGGGAGGAUCACGCUGCGGUCGGAGCUGCUGGGCUGCACAGAGGAGGAGUGAGGAGAUCCCACAGCCCACAACCCUCCUCUCUAUUUCCCUAAAAGUAUCUCCACGGAAUGAACUCUGCAAAAUCUAUUGGAAACUGAAUGGAAUUUUUCAUGAAAAAGUGAUCAAAUUACGGUAGGCCACUAACUGUCUUCUUAA